GGGCCCCGCCCUCGCGUCCGGCCCUCGCCUUCUUCUUCGCCCGCGCGGCUCGCUGCGGCUCCUUCGCCCGCCAGAGGAGCAAGAAGCAGAGCCCGGCCCGCCGCCGCCGCCGCCGCCUCGGUCCUCCUCUCCCCCGCGCGCCGCCAGCCAGCGGGCCCCGCCGCCGCCGCCGCCGCCGCUCCUCCGCUCGGGCUCCUGCCUCCUCCUCCUCCUCCUCCUCCUCGACCGCCAGGAUGAGCGGCUGGAGCUGCUACAUCGACAGCCUGAUGGCCGACGACACCUGCCAGGACGCGGCCAUCGUGGGCUACAAGGACGCGCCCUCCGUCUGGGCCGCCGCCCCGGGCAAGACCUUCGCCAACAUCACGCCUGCGGAAGUGAACAUCCUGGUGGGGAAGGACCGGAGCAGCCUGUUUGUGAACGGGCUGACGCUGGGCGGGCAGAAGUGCUCUGUCAUUCGGGACAGCCUCCACACGGAUGGCGAAUGCACCAUGGACCUGCGGACGAAGAGCACGGGCGGGGCCCCCACCUUCAACGUCACAGCUGCCAUGACCAACAAGACGAUAGUCGUGGUGAUGGGCAAGGAGGGCGUCCACGGCGGCUGCGUCAACAAGAAGUGCUUUGAGAUGGCCAACCACUUGCGGCGGUCGCAGUAUUGACCCGCCUGCCUCGUCCCGCCUGCGGUACUACUGAUGGAACGGUGUCAGGAUGUCCACGGUGGCUGUGACCGCCCGGGGCCGCCGGCCUUGCCAUCAUGGGAUCGAGCCCGGCGCCGGAUCGCCGCAUAUUCCAGCCCUCUGCCCCACUCGCUGCCCCUCCCUCUCCUGCUUCCCAGUUUCUAUAAUUUUUUCUAAUCCCUCCCCUGACACCCCCACACUUCUCCCUCUCCCCCCUCCCCUUUUUCUCUUUUUGCCAUUUUUUCUAUCACAAAUCCUUAUUGCUGCCAAACUUUCUGGUUGUUACAAGGUGUAGUUUUUUUUGGUUAAGAAAACUAUAUUGGAACAAGAAAAAAUAAAGAAAUUGAAUUCUA